AUGAGCUCUCCAGCCGAGGAAAACCACAACAGCUGUACCAGAAUUACGAUAAAUUCCGAUGAAAAAACAGAAGAACGAAAGGAGAGAAGUACAAUCACAUCCUCUGCAGACAUCCAUGUUGUGCCUGGCACCAGCUCAAGGACUGACUUACGUGACCAAGCCCAAAGCUCUCUAACAGCACCUGCUGACCAGUUUCCCCUCCCUCUUGGAAAGCCGCAGCUCUCUAGCCGGGCGGGCGUUCGGAAAGGGUUCAACAACGGGCACGUGAUGAGCGCGGCCCCACAGAGCGUGCCAGGCUGUGGGGCAGGGCUAGUGCUCGUCUCUACCACCAUCUCCUCGGUUAAUGUCUCUGAUGAGGAUAUUAGUACCAGUUCUGAUUGUUUAGCUCUGCUGACUGACUGGGAAGAUGUAGCUCUAAUACCAGAAUCACAGUGUCAGCAAAGUGCAGAUUGUCUUCAAUUUGAAGAUGACUUAAGGACAGAUCAUUUAACAGCAUCUGAAGAAACAACAAUUUCUAAAGUGUCAGCUGUGAUCAGCUCGGAUCUUCAAAGUUUGGAGAAAACAGUGGUGCCUGUGGAACCUCAGAAGUCUAUCAUUUACAAAAGCCCUGAUACUACUAUUUAUAAUGUAGGAAGGGCCCAAAGGCAGCCUUCAAGUUUUUCUGCUUUUAAGUUACCCUCUGCAAAAGUAAAUGCUACUUCAUUGCAGUCGGCAGUAACUGGAAAUGACUCCACUUCUUCAGAGGCUCCUAAAAGAAGGCCAAUGAGUCCAAAGAUGUUCCCACCAGCAAAAAAGCAGUCCUUUGCUAUAUAUGAAGAGAAAAAUGCAUGUUUUAAUCAUUCCUUACCUUUAAGAAGUUCAAACUUGUCCAGAGUGUCUCCUGCCAUUCUGAAUUCCACAGUCAAUUUGAAUCAGUCUGUAAGAGCUGCAAAAAAUAAAAAACCAACCCCUCCUCUUUGUAAUUGUGGUCGAAGAGCUAAAAGACUAUAUGUGUCAAACAGUGGUCCAAAUCAUGGCAAAGCAUUUUUCUGUUGUCCUGUUGGUAAGCACGAAGGCAAAAAGAAAGGCUGUGGAUACUUCAAGUGGGAAUAUACAUUUCUAAAAGAGAAGUCUUCUAAUGUGCCUCCUGUGAACACAAAUACUUUGACCUCUCUUGGGCUUUCUUCCAGUACUUCAGGAAAUUCUUCCAACAAGAAAUAUUUGCAUCUUAGACCCUCUAUGAGAACUUAA